CACCUUACCCUACCCGGCCGAAACCCUGGCCUACCCAGCUUCGAGCGAAACCAUCCCCGGUCUUCCCCUCCCUCCUUUCGAUCACGAAACCGCGACUGUAGCUAGCUGGGAAGGCAGACGGGAUCGGUGCAUACGAAGACCUCCGAAACUCCUCUCUUUCUCCCAUUUCCGUUCCGCUUCUACCUGGAACCAUUUGGGAAGUAGGUCUCGAUGACCUCUGGUGCAAGCUGCGAUGUGGAAGCCUUGCAAUCUCUUGGUUGGGACUACAGUUGUGACUUGGAAGUCGAUUACAAAUCACAGGACCAUGCAGCGAUUGUGUAUGCAGCAUUAGAUGUGGAUAAAGAGUUGCAACCAGACAAGGUUAAGAGGCAGAUCUCUGUAUCUGAUGGUAAACUCAAAGUGCGAUUUGAAGCAGUUGAGGCAAGAUUUUUGCGUGCGACAUUCAGCUCUUUUGUGGAUCUCGUGAUUCUUGCCACCAAAAUCAUUGAAGAGUAUGGCCGGGUCAACACUAUCAAAUCAUAGAUUUUAUUUUUAUUAGUUCUACAUUAUACUUUUGUUUAGUAGAAACUGAACUGUGGUUGUUGAACCCAGGGAAAAUCCCAAUAUUUAGAAACUAGAUGUUCUAGUUCAUCUUUGGGAUAUCUUUUGUAAUCAGAGAUAAAACUUAAUUCACUUGAUAUUCUGAUAUCGCAGA